AUGAGUAAAUCCAGUAGUAUUAGUUAUGAGAGGGUAGAGUUAUUUGAAAAUCCCAAAGUACCCAGUGAAGUAGAAGAUGAAAUACUAGAAAAGUAUGCGGAGUCCAGCUUGGAUCACGAUAUGACCGUUAAUGAACUGCCAAGAUUCUUUCAGGAUUUACAACUAGAGCCCACAAUUUGCAAACUGGUGAGAAAUGAAGAUGUUAUUAUUGAGGGUACUGACGUAAUAGAUUUUACGAAACUGGUACGACGUACAUGUCAGUUAUUGAUACUAAUGAAUAAUUUAGCAGUAAUAGAUGAUCUGUGGUCGAUGCUCAUUAGAAACUGCGGCAGAGACGUUGAAUUUCCGCGUGUAGAGUUAAGAGAUCAUGUACUAAGUGUAAAAGAUCUACAAAAAAUCUCCAACCUCAUCGGGACGGACCAGAGCGCAGGGACUAUUGAAAUGAUCAGUUGUGCUACCGAUGGCAAGAGGCUUUUCAUGACAUAUUUAGACUUUGGUUGUGUACUGGGAAAAUUAGGAUAUUUAAAGAUGUAA